GAUUAUCAGUGACGAACUUUUUUUUUUAUUAUCUUACAGUGGGGUUCUAUAUUACCGAAGAGAAUCCCACUUCUAAAUCCAAAAGGAAAACUGUCGAACACAUUUCUAUUUUUCCAAGACCUCCCAGAAUAAAAAAAAACCCCAGAAUAAAACAAAAAUCAUUUUCUUGGGAAAAAUCCGAACGGGUUCAAAUCCAUCCCGCAAACUCCCUUAGCUCAUCAAAAAAUCCUCUCCUUUUUUUUUCAACUUCCCAAUUUUACCCCCCCACUUUCGCUCCUCAUUUUCCGACGUUCUUGAAUGGAAACACAAUGGCUGCGCAGAGUGGACCCGUGUUGCACGGCGACGACAUGAAGAAAACGAACUCCGGACUGGAAGACGAUACCCAAGAUCAGAUCAGGUCAAAUGGUUCUACCCCCACGCCGACUGGAAUCGCAACACCCGAACCUGAUCCGGCCGACAAGCGUCUGCCUUCCAUUAUGCACAACUACUUUCAGGUUGGUUCUUUCUCCGGUGAUAAAGCGAGUCUGCCGCGGUUAUGGUCAUGUCUGUCGAAACCCUCUGAGGACCUUCAAUCAAAUGCGCAUACCCAACACUCCUCCGAUUCCUCCGAGUCUUUUGUCAUGAUGGAACAGGAAGAUGGGUCUGAUAAGAUGGAGGAGGAACACCCCAGUCUGCAUACCCCUCCACACUCCUUGUUACAGCAUGAGUCGGAUGAGAUGGAACUCGGAACGAGUCCAGGAGUGUCUAUCUUUACAACGCUGAAGAAUUACCUCAUUUCACCCACACAAACUCCUCCAGAAGACCCUCCUUCCCGCCGUCAAACCUCCCUCCCAGUAUCCAGCAUCUCUGACGACCCCGUUCUUGCCACACAUUUUUCCAAUCCAUCCCUCCCUCCUAUCUCAGAUGCCUUUUCCCUGUCUGAAGCUCCCCUCCUCGACCAUGAGAAACCGCGUGUCUCAAUAUCUUCCGAGAACCUAGCCAAGCUAACUGAAAACGCGCCCGAUGGGUCGUGUCUUAAGAAUACCCCACCUCUUACCCCCCGGGCCAUGUCCAACGAGGUCCCAGCCGCCCAGGAAAAGACCGCCACUUCCUCCCCGCAAGAAAGCUCGCAAGAGACUCCACAGUCUGAGUCCAAGCCGGAAGACAUGGAAAGCUCCACGGACGAGAUCACGAUGAAACUCGAUGAAGCAUUCUUAUCCCAGUCCCAGUCCCAGUCUGAGACUGCGCCUGCGGAUGCAACCUCAACAUCCCCGGCCAACGGCGCGCCCACAGGCCCGAUCAAUGGUAAAUUGUUUUUGAAGAUCACAGAUGGCCGAGGACUGCGCCCAAGUUUCGAUCCGUAUGUGGUGUGUGUAUUCGAAUGGAAUGAGUACAUCUCCAAAGGUGCUCGCGACGGCGAGGAGGAAAAGAAACGGCGCCAGUUGGAGUCAGAUGCCGAGGAGGCUGCUGGUCGGCCCAUGGCCAUUCCCUUGAAAACCCGAUCCAGCUCUCACAACAGUGCUGUCGAGGGUGAUCACAAGGGGCGGACGCCCGUGACAGACCCGCACUGGGAUCACGAGGCCACCUUUGAUGUUAUGGGAGAUCAGUCGGAGCUUGAUGUCACAGUCUAUGACCGCAACAACCAGGAAGCUUUCUUGGGUCACGUACGCCUCUGUAUCAACCUCAAGGAAGAUCACAGCCGACUAGAAGGCUGGUUCCCCCUGGUCGCGCGCGGUGCCGGCGACAACCAAGUGUCUGGAGAAAUUCACCUCGAUAUGAAGUUCGAAAAGACAGAUCGAAAGCAGGUUGGACCGAAUGACUUCCUUGUCCUCAAACUUAUCGGCAAAGGAACUUUCGGACAGGUUUAUCAGGUCAAGAAGAAGGACACACAGCGUAUCUAUGCGAUGAAGGUUCUCUCGAAGAAGGUCAUCAUUCAGAAGAAGGAGGUGAUACACACGCUCGGGGAGCGCAAUAUCUUGGUACGCACCGCGAUGACGGCCUCUCCGUUUAUUGUUGGAUUAAAGUUCUCCUUCCAAACUCCGACAGAUCUCUAUCUCGUUACGGAUUUCAUGUCGGGUGGCGAAUUGUUCUGGCACUUGCAGCGUGAGGGUCGAUUCCAGGAGGCCCGGGCGAAGUUCUACAUUGCCGAGUUGAUUCUGGCUCUGCAACAUCUUCACGACCACGACAUCGUAUAUCGGGAUCUCAAACCGGAGAACAUUCUGUUGGAUGCCAACGGCCAUAUUGCGCUCUGCGAUUUCGGUCUAUCCAAGGCAAAUCUGUCACAAAACGACACCACCAAUACGUUCUGUGGUACCACUGAAUAUUUGGCCCCGGAGGUAUUACUCGAUGAGCAAGGAUACACGAAGAUGGUCGACUUCUGGUCCCUGGGUGUCUUGGUCUUUGAGAUGUGCUGUGGUUGGAGUCCGUUCUACGCCGAGGACACUCAGCAGAUGUACAAGAAUAUCGCAUUCGGGAAAGUCCGAUUCCCCCGUGAUGCGCUUAGCACGGAGGGAAGAAAUUUCGUCAAAGGUCUGCUGAACCGGAAUCCCAAGCAUCGACUGGGCGCCAAUGGCGAUGCUAAGGAGCUCAUGGCACACCCAUUCUUCCAUGACAUCAACUGGGACACACUGUGCCGCAAGCAAGUGAUUCCUCCGUUCAGGCCGCAGCUGCAGUCUGAAACCGACACAUCGAAUUUCGAUCCCGAAUUCACAAACGCUAUGGAGCUGAACAACUCGCUCAAUCUUCGUGCCGCAAACCUUGCCAACGGCCUCAUGCCAGCUUCCACACCCUUGUCCCCCGGGAUGCAAGCGAAUUUCAAGGGCUUCACCUUCGUGAAUGAGAGUUCUAUCGACCACCACCUUAUAGACGAAAGCGAUUAUAUGGAAGAGGACGCCAUGCACGACGACCACUGGCAACGAGGCCAUCGGUCGGGUAACUCGGUCGACCAGCGCAUGACGGGCGUCCAGAAGACGCACGACGGCACGGAGCCCGGGAUUUUCAACGUUGACGAUACCUUUGACAUGUGAUUACGUUUUCUUUUUUUUCCAUACUGCAUGAUCAUGGAGUCUUGAUCUGGCAUACAUCAUUAUUUCUUGUCUUGUCUUGUACAUGCCUUCGGAUUGCAUCACUUCCAACCCGCAAAUAUGGGUUUCCGUUCCGGUAUCCAUUCCCAUUUACCGUCGCCUUGUUUCUGAUUCCCGUUUCCUCACUCAUGCUGGUGUUUCUGCGGAUUUUGCCCCCACUUCCUUUCCUUUAUCCUUUCUGUUUCCUGUUCUGUCGGACGCCGGGUGACGCGGUGAUCAUUCUGUGAUGUUGGACCACUCCCGGUACUUAUCUUGAGCCUCGCUACUAUUUAUGGUCACAACGUUCUCGUCCGUUUCGUCAGCCAGUUCUCAGUCACAUACCCCCUCCCCCGGGGCUUCGGUCAGUUUCUUCACGUUCCGUUUUAGAGGAAACCCCGGGGGAUUCUUGCGUGUUUGGUGGAGUUGGGUUUGGGUAAUUUUUCAUUGUGCACCUUUAUUGUCAGUCAUCAUGUUCUGGGGGGAUUGGUCAAUGCGAGCUCUCCUUGUUUGCCUUUUAUCCUGUCUCCGGCGCAGUGUUGAUAACUUUAUUCUCUAUCCUCUGGGAUUGAUGUCCUGAAUUUUGAUACCUGCUCUUUUCUCUUGGGUCUUUUCUCCGGUCUUCUCUCCUGCUUCUACUUUUCCUUUUUCUCUUCGCGGAGUUUCUUGUUCCGGCAUGGUGCGGUGGUAACUCGAGGGAUCUCUCCUCACGGCUUUUCUUUUCCUUUGCAUAUCCAGGUGAUUGAAGCUACUCAGAUUCGAGGACAACUGGUAGCAGAAGGUUUCAUUCAACUUCCAUUUUCAAGGCGUUAAGACUAGCAUCGACAUUUCAUGGGGCUUGAUCUACGUCUGCAUUUUCAUUGGGGGGGGGACGGAUUUGCUAUUCUAGUGGAAUGUCAGAUUCUUUCAUAUGUCCAAUCAUCCAUCCAUUAUUGCGGUGGACCCUCGGGAAUUCUUUGCUACUUCCAGACUCUCUUGGCAAUGCUGUUCCACGUAUGUUAUUUACUGCCUUGUUCGGGGUCCUUUGGUCCGAUGCUUUGUACCUCGCCCAUCUAGGUACAUACAAUACGAGAAUAUGUCUACAUGGGAUUGUCA